AUGACUUUGGAGUCAGAGCAGCCUCAGUGCGUGCUUUCGCCAGCCGUGGCCCUGGAGCCAGAGUCCGAGAAGUUUGCCCUGUCGCCGACUGCGGACUUGGGAGAGCUCCGAGAGUUUGUGAGAUGCGAAUCCUUGGAGCGUAUGCAACUCUGCAUGCGCUUGCAGAAACAGCAGGAGAUGUUGGAGCAGCUAACGGACGGUGUCGUGCCGGUGUGCUCAGUGAAGAGUGACGUUGCUCCGGGUAUUGGUUCCAUGAAGCUUUCGGAUGACCUGAUCGUCUCAGAGGGUCCAUGGCUCAAGCAUGUGGCGGCAGAGGUUGAUGCGUUGAAGCUCUCGAUGCAGAACCUCACUCAAGACGUGAAAGAGUUGCAGGAAUGCCUCGACACCAGGCCCCGCACGGGCAGCCUUGUGCUGAAAUCCGGUGGUUGCCAGGCUGUGGAUGAGUUUGUGGAUGAUGCUCGCUUCGCACAGUGUGACGUGGAAGGCUCUCCAUGCUUCAAGGCGGCCAGCGAGGGAGAAUCCUUCGGUGGUGGCCUCAACUUCGAGCCUGCCUUGGAUCUGCAAUGGCUCGAGGAGCGCUUCGAGGACGUUCAGCAGCAGUGCGCUGCAGACCUCACCAGUGUGGAACAGCGGCUUCUGGAUGAGUUCACCAGCUUGAAGGGCUUCGUGGAUGCUGCAAUUGUCGCCAUGGUCAGCCGAAUGAGCACUCUCGAGAUCUUCGUCAAGGGCGAGCGCGGCCUCUCUGAAAAGAUGGACGAGGGCUUCAAGAAGGUGGCCGACGACAUCGCCAGCAGUACUCAGAGGUUGCAGGGAUGCCAAGAUGAAGUCUCGGAGCUGACGGACAGGCUCAAAGCCGUGGAGAAGCGUCUGGAGCGCACGGGUGGCCUCGUGGGCUACAGUCCUGCCCCUGGAUAUCGCAGUCCGGCGGAUCUGAGACGAAGCGGAGAAAGCAACGACUCGGUGAAGACCUCUGCCAUUCCGGAGAAAACUCCCGCUCCGGAGGUCUUGGCCUCGCCACCAAGAGUUCUCUCCCACGCAGGCAUAACUGGCAAACCUUUAAUGAUGGAGUCGGCGGCUCUUUCGGUGACUGCAGCCGGCAGCGCCAUGAAGUGCCAGACAGCUGUGGGGUCAGCGGUCGUGGCAGGGAAAGUGAAUGUAGGGUGUAUUCGCCAGAAUACCCGGGGCAGCAUUCACUCCACAGUCCUUCCAGGGGAUGCCGCUCCCAGGGCGGCAGACAUGGCCCGCUGGGUCGUCGGGUCGCUCUUGGUGGCUUGGAGGAGUGAGGGGCGCAGGAGGAGGGGGCUCGCUGCUCGGGUCAUGAACGAGCAGCAGCGAGAGGCUGCCGAGGCACCAGGAGGCGCGCACCUGGUCAUCGCAGGGGCCGGCAGCGGAAAGACAAAGACACUGACAGAGAGAUUGGCAUAUCUCGUGGCUACGGAGGAAGUUAAACCCCAUAGGAUCGUUCUCCUUACUUUCACGAGACGAGCAGCAGAAGAGAUGAAAUCUAGAGCAGAGUCCCUGGUGGGAGCUCAGAUUCAGAACGUGCGGUCUGGUACGUUUCACUCCUUCAGCCUCAACUUGCUGAAGAAGUACCGCGCUCGAAUGGGAUUCCUUUCCGGGUUUUCUGUGCUUGAUGCAGCAGAUACGGAAGCCAUGAUCGCCCAGAUGCGCAAACGGCUAGGCUUAGCCGGCCGCUCGAAGAGAUUUCCGUCGGUGAAAGACCUCAUGAAGCUUUUCGGCAAAAGCGUAAACACCGGUACACCCUUGGAGCUGCUCCUUGAAGAUGAAGAGGAAAAAUUCAGACCCUUUUCACAAGGAAUAAUCGAAGUCAGGGAGGCUUUCGAGGAGGAGAAGCAGCGCCAGAGCUGUUUGGACUUCGACGAUCUUCUUUUGAAUUGCCAGCAGCUUCUCGAGGAGGAUGAGACAGUGCGAAAAGAAGAAGCCGGACGCUGCGAGCAUAUCCUCGUGGACGAGUACCAGGACACGAACCACCUCCAGGCUUCCAUCGUGAAGCGGCUGAGCUCCGUGCACGGAAAUGUGCUGGCGGUGGGGGACGAUGCGCAAAGUAUCUACGGCUUCCGGGGAGCCUCAGUUGAGAACAUCUGGGACUUCCCAAAGAUGUACUCGUCUUGCUCGCAAUUCAUCCUUGAAGACAACUACCGCAGCACGCAGCAGAUUCUGAACCUAGCGAAUGCUGUCCUCAGUGUGUCGACCAAGCACUGCCGCAGCUUGGUCGGAAUUGCUUGCAAAUCUCUGCGCUCAAACAUCGCCCCGGGUCCCUUGCCGCAGUUGCUGUACUUUGGCGACGAAUGGAAGGAGGCCCUGUGGGUCGCAGACAAGAUUGAGCAGCUUCUCGAGCAGGGCGUAGCUCCCAAGAACAUAGCUGUGCUAUAUCGCAAGAACAAAACGUCAAAGAAACUGGCUCUUCAACUGCUGCGACGCCGUCUUGACCAUCGCAUAUAUGGUGGCCAGAAGCUUACAUCCCGAGCUCACUUCAAGGAUUUCAUGGCUGCCAUUUUCAUCGCGCUCAAUCCUCUUGAUGAGAUCCAUUGGAAAAGACUACUCUGCCUGUUCACAGGCGUUGGUGACAUGACUGCGCGAAAGGUGGUCAAUCAAGUGAAAUCGAAGGAUCCCCCGCAGCUUGAUGCCGAGGUUUGGGCACAGAAGAAGUUUUACCCAGACCUUAGCAAACUACAGGGUCUGUUAUCCCUGCUCAGCAAAACAUCCGAUCCAAGAACCUGUGUCAGACAUGCUCGUGAAUGGUAUCGGGUGUAUUUGAAGGAGAAUUACCCCGAAGACUUCGAUGACCGAAUGGAGGAUUUGCAGAUGUUGGAGGACUACGCGGCCUCCUGCGACUCCCUUGAGGACAUGGCGAAUUCAUUGCAGUUGGAUCAAAGCGUCCUUGAGAAGGGAAGGGCAAGGAACGAGAGUGGAGACACCCUGACACUCUCCACGGUGCACAGUGCCAAGGGCUUGGAGUGGGACGUAGUCUUCGUCAUGGGCAUGGGUCACAUGGAGUGGAAGAGGCAAGACACCGAAGAGGCCGCCGAAGAGGGUCGUCGAGUUCUGUAUGUGUCUCUGACGCGAGCCAAGACGAAUCUGUACCUGACUGUCCCCAAUCCCCACUUGACAUCCUUGCUGAAAGAUGUCCCAGACUUGGACAAGCUUGUGCGCACGUAUCCUGAAGUCAAGCCGCGCCUUUCUUUGCACACACAACGCAGCGUCGGGAACCGGCCGAGGGUCGCGUCAGAAGCACGCCCUCGCCGCGUGAGCCACCGACCGAGCGUCACUUCGCUGGCCGCGGGGUAG